CUCCCGCAGCAAUUUAGGAAGAUGUAUUCAGUCCACAGCUUCAGGGAGUUCAUCACCGAGCGGCUGAGUGCUGCUGCAGAGGACAUUUUCCAGGUGUUCGAGAAAACUGUGGUCCGAUACGAGGAGGAGAUCCGCCGCCAGCGCGGGCUGCUGUGCUCCGUUUGUGAAGCUCAGACUCCGCUCACAGAGCUGCCACAGCGUCCCGUCUCUAAGGAUGUGGAGGCUCACAGUGAGCGGCUGAAGAGCAGCGUCAGUGUGAACCAGGAGGAGGCGGAGCCUCUGUGGUUCAAAGAGGAACUGGAGGAGCUGUGGUGCAGCGGCCAGGAUGUAGAGCGACCCGCGGUGAAGCAGGAGACGGACAUUGUCAUGCUGACUGUCCCUCGUGAUCAAAGUGACCACAGUGAAGAUCAAAACAUAUAUCUGAAUACUAAUGAAUCUCAUCGAGCAGCGAAUGAAGAGCCGGGAAACGCCGUCUCUGAAGUACCAGUGCAACAUUUGAAUCUCACACUCCUCUCUAACAACUCUGAGAGCCAGAAUUACACAGAUGGUCAGUAUGGAGCCGUGCUAUUAGCAGAAAGUGCAAAUAGAAACCCACAGGAAAGACAAAGCCACAAUGAUGGCGUCUUCAACAACAUUGUGUAUAAAAUUCCCUUCAAACCUCGUACAGGUCAGACAUUUUUAAAAUGCGAAACUUGUGAGAAAGGCUUCAAGUUCCGGUCGAAGUUGAUCCGACACAUGAGAAUACACACGGGUGAGAGGCCGUACUCCUGCAACAUCUGCGGUAAAAGCUUCAAUCAGAUGUCGGCUCUGAAAGUUCACAGGAGGAUCCACACGGGCGAGAAGCCGUAUUCCUGCGAGAUAUGCGGGAACAAGUUCACAGACACCUCCGUUUUGAAACGGCACCGGAGAACGCAUACAGGCAAGAAGCCUUUUCCCUGCGACGUCUGCGGGAAAAGUUUUUACGAGGUGACAGCCCUGAAAAAUCACGUGCGAGUGCACACAGGCGAAAGGCCGUUUUCCUGCGAAAUAUGUGGGAAGGAUUACAGGUACUUUGGGGAUUUGUCUGUUCACAUGAAAACACACAAGGAUGCCGUUUCUGUAAGCCGAGUCGGAGCAGACGCACCUUUCAGACCGCGCACGAUGUCUUUAUCUCAGUAUUUCAGGGAGUUUGUGAAUGAGAGGCUGAGCGCGGCUGCCGAGGAGAUCUUCAGAGUGUUUGAGAAGACUGUGGCGGAGUAUGAAGAUGAGAUCAGCCGCCAGAGGAAACUGCUGGACAGCGUCUGGAAACCUGAGGCUCGGUUCCACCUUAAAGAGUUUCCAGGUAGAGAGAACUGCAACCAGGAGGAAGUUCUAACAAAGCAGCUGCUCUCUAACUUGGAGAAGAGCACCAGCAUGGACCAGGACGACUCCAAGCCCCCGCAGAUUAAAGAGGAACAGGACGAUCUCUGCAUAAGCAAGGAUGAGGACCAUCAGACUGACGCCUAUAUGGUGACAUAUACAUAUGAUGAAGGGGAAAAUGGUGAUGAUCAAAGCAAGCACCUUAUUCCUGAAAAGUUGAAGGAUGCAGCAGAUGAAGAAUCAAUAGAUAAAACAUCAUUUACAAGCUUUGAGGUAUCAGAAACACAGAGUGAGCACCAGCUCUUCUCUAACAACUCUGGGUCUUCAAAGUCUUCAAAAUGUGAAACUUGUGGAAAGGUAUUCACAUCCAAGUUCAAUCUGAUGACACACAUGAGGAUCCACACAGGUGAGAAACCGUAUUCCUGUGACUUCUGUGGUGUAAGUUUCACUCAGCCGUCGACAUUGAAGGACCACAUCCGGAUCCACACGGGCGAGAGGCCGUACUCCUGCGACGUCUGUCAGAAAACAUUUGGUAAGAUGUCCAUAUUGACGAGCCACCAAAGAAUCCACACGGGAGAAAUGCCGUACGAGUGCAAAACAUGUGGGAAGUGCCUCCGAACCCGCUCUGGCUUAUCCAUCCACAUCAGGACCCACACGGGCGAGACGCCCUACCCCUGCACCACCUGCGGCAAAAGCUUCAAAGACACGUCCAUCUUGAAAAGGCACAUGAGGACGCACACGGGUGAAAAGCCUUACAAGUGUGACACCUGUGGGAAAAUGUUCAGCCAGAUGCCGGAUUUAAAAAAGCACACGAGAAUUCACACAGGUGAAAAGCCGUACUCGUGUGAGAAAUGUGGAAAAGACUUCCGGUCUCAUGGUAAUCUGUCUGCGCACAUGAGAACGCACAGAGAAACAGCGAUGCCUCUGAAAACAGAAGCUUCAUCAAAUACAGAGUACGCGUACGAAGCUCUGACCAAAGAAUUACCUAUAUUUAAUGCCACAAUGUCAUCGGUUCAUUGUUUUAGAGAUUUUAUCAGUGAGAGACUGACAGCUGCAGCCGAGGAGAUCUUCAGAGUUUUUGAGAAAACGGUUUUGGAGUACGAAGAUGAGAUCAGCCGCCAGCGCAGACUGCUGGAGUCCGCGUGGAAACCCCAGAGCCAGCUGCGGAUGAUCGCGCUACCACAAGAAGAUGCGUCCAAGGAUGAGGUUCUGGCCAAGCAGCAGCAGCUCUGCAGCCAGGAAAGCGACGUGGACCCAGAGCCCUCUGAGCCUCCACUGAUCAAAGAGGAACUGGAUGGAGAUCAGGCUGAACUGAAACAGGAAGCCGACAGCUUCAUGCUGACUUUCACCUACAACGGUGACGACCACAGUGACGACGACGCGUUGUGCCUGAAUGCAGAGAACUCCGAGACAGGCAGACCCAUCACUGAGCUCCAGUUCCCCUGCAACAGCUCUCUUCUAGCCAAGAGCCAAGAUCGCAGAACAGGCCCAUCUGGAUACGCUGCUGGAAAUGCAAAGAAAAAAACUGAGAAGAAACAUCACACCGAUGAAAUUCCCAGUAAUAGUGAAUUGAACUCCUCUGUGACGGGCAUGUCUUUUAAAACUGAUCAAAAGGGUUUAAAAUGUGAGAUCUGUGGCAAAGUGUUCAAAUAUAUGUCAGGUCUGAUUCCCCACCUGAGAAUCCACACGGGCGAAAGGCCGUAUUCCUGCCACACGUGCGGGAAUACAUUCACCAAGAAGUCCAUUUUGAAGCGGCACAUGAGAACGCACACGGGUGACAAACCUUUUCCCUGCAACCUCUGCGGGAAGAGCUUCUACGAGAUGACGGCCCUGAAGAGCCACACGCGGAUCCACACGGGCGAGAGGCCGUACUCCUGUAAGAUAUGCGGGAAGGAUUACAGAUACAGGGGCGACCUGUCCGUCCACAUGAGAACGCACACCGGCAAGAAGCGGUACCAGUGCGACACCUGCGGGAAAGACUUCCAGUAUCACAGCGACUUCUCGGCUCACAUGAGGAGCCACACCGGCGACCGGCCGUAUCAGUGCAGCACCUGUGGGAAAGACUUCAGAUAUCGCAGUAACUUGUCAGCCCACAUGAGGACCCACUCAGAAGUUGUUUCAGUUUACUCGGCUGAGCUCACGGCGCUUCUGGUGUCGUCGUUUAAUGAAUCAAACAUGUCUUCGAUUCCCACUUUCAGAGACUUCAUCUGCGACAGACUGACCGCGGCUGCAGAGGAAAUAUUCCGGGUGUUUGAGAAAACCGUGUUGGAGUACGAGGAGGCGCUGAGCCGCCAGCGCAGGCUGCUGGACACGGUCUCCAAACCUCAGAUACACUUACACGAACUGUCCCAGCAGCAUGUCUAUAAACAGGAGCAGGAAGAGGCUCACAGUAACCUUCAGCCCUUGAGCAACUCCAGUUUGGACCAAGAGGACCCAGAGUCUUCCUACAUCAAAGAAGAACACGAGGAUCUCAGCGCCAGUUGGGAUGAAGAGCCUCUCCUACCAAAACGAGAGACAGGUGUCAUUAUGCAGACUGUUAUUAAUGAAGAAAGGGCGCAGGGUGAAAAUCCAGCCUUCUGCCUGGAUCCUGAUGAAUCCCAUAGCCAAGCAGAGGAAGACAUGGGAACUCUUUCAAGAACGCCACCCAGCAAAAAAUCCUAUAAAUGUGAAACAUGUGGGAAAGUCUUUAACUGUAAAAGACAUUUUAGUCGACACCAGAGAAUCCACACCGGUGUGAAACCGUACUCGUGUAGCAUCUGUGGUAAAGAGUUCAACCAAUCAUCAAUCCUGAAAGAUCAUAUGGCAGUCCACACAGGUGAUAAGCCAUUUUCUUGUGACAUGUGUGGGAAAAAAUUCAACCGGAAAUCAGCCCUCCUGGUUCAUAAUCGAACCCACACAGGUGAGAAGCCGUAUUCUUGUGACGUAUGUGGGAAGAACUUCAUUCGGAAGGAAGCCCUGAUGGUUCAUCACAGAACCCACACGGGCGAGAAGCCGUUUCCCUGUGACAUGUGCGGGAAAAAAUUCAGCCGGAGGUCAGCCAUGAUGGAUCAUCGCCGAAUCCACACGGGUGAGAAGCCUUUCUCUUGCGAUACCUGUGGAAAAGGCUUCAUUAGCAGUUCGGUGUUGAAAAAGCACAUACAGAAACACACGGGUGAGACACAGUUGUCAUGCCUCUCCGGUGAAGAGAGUACAUUUUCUGAAGCGUCCGGUUUGAAGAUUUACACCCAGUUUCACACACAGUGAUUAGUGACUUGUCCUCAGACAACACAUGAAAAGGGUUACAAUAUAUUAGAAAGCAUACUCGUAGCAUCUUGCUUCAUGGUGUUUUGUUUAGCAGUAAUAUCUCUUUUUGCCUCAGAAACCAGUGCAGGUGAAUCCUGGAUUUUGCUGAACACACCCAACAAUAAUUCUGUUACUUUAUUGAAUGACUUUUCCUGUUCCUGAUUAGUUGUUCCAGUAUGUUUAUUAAAAUGUUGAACUUGCAUGAAAAAAAGUUGUAAUGUGGCUAUGAGAUGUUGUAUAUUAACCUUUUUUAUUGUUUUUAUUUCUUUGUUGCUAUUUUUGAUGUUUUAUUUGUUGUGUUUCAUAUUUGCCUGUACUUGACACUUUUCAUUACAGCUAUGGUUAUUUUAAGUGUUUUUAUACAUGGGUAGUCGAUGUUUCGACUCAAACCUGGGAUGCUUUUUAUUAAAGUUGUUUGAGAUGGUGGAAGGUCUUUGCUAUCCUCAUUAUAUCUCUAAUAGGGCAAUAAAUGACUUGUGAAAAGCUGAA